UCAGAAUAGCGGGUACUAUAAUGUGAUAUCUCCAGUAAGACUGAGACAGUUCCAGGUAUUACUGACUACUAAGAACUUGCAUCGAGGCUAGAACUAACGUCAUAUAUGGCGCACUGUGUUCAUCAUGGUUGAUGAUUACUGUCGCACAACACACUUUGUGGAGAGCUACAGUACAGUGUCUGUUUUAAACUGAACUAGCUGGGCACAAUAACAGGACGCUAUUGUUCAAUGUGAAAAGCUAGUUAGCUAGCAGCUGACAGUCAUUGUUAAUCUGCGGAUAAAAUCACAAGAAACAAAUAGAUCAACCAAGAGACAGUUAUUUGCUUUUACUGUAUUUUCUGAGUAUAAAUAUCACUGCUCUUUGUGUUUAGGCAAGCACAUCUGGACUGCUGGAUAGGGUACAUCAUGUGGCAUGCCAGACAGACCCACCAACAACACGCUCAUUUGGAACUCAGCUUUCAAUGAAGACUCUCCAACCUCAUUUCAGAAGUACAGGCACACAGAAAACUGUUUCCUGCACUGAUGUUGGUGUUGGCACCUCAGCUCUUACAUCAACACCUAUAAAGAGACCAAGUAAGAGACGUCGCUUGGAACUGGAGGAGGAGGAAGAGGAGAACCCUUUAGAAGGCAGUUCUGUUGACGUAGAGGGACCAAAAUUUUUAACUUAUGACCCUGCAGACUCUGCCACAACCUUGACUGAGUCAGCAGAUGUGACAAUGGAAUCUUCUACGCCUGUCCAUAAGACUCCAACUUAUAUUGUGUAUGAGAACUGCCUAAUGGAGCUGUUUCAGGUGUGCCCUGUGUGUCAGCGGGAAUGUGACAUGCAGAAAAGAAGAUUGGGCACGUUUCUCUCUGUAGAACAGCGGUGCCCGCAUUGUGAGUUCUACAGAAAGUGGAACAGCCAGCCUCUUGUUGGGAGCACUCCUGCUGGGAACCUGCAGCUCUCCACUGCAGUGUACGCCACUGGUGCCUCUUUCUUUAAGCUUGAAAAGAUCUUCCGGGCAAUGCAGUUGAAGAUGUUUCAAUAUGACUCAUUUCGAAGGCAUGCUCGGAUGUACAUAGAGCCCGCGAUUGUACACAGGUGGAAGACGGCACAGACUGCAAUGUUGGAGCAGCUCAGUCAGCAGCAGAAUGUCGUCCUCGGUGGUGACUUGAGAGCAGACUCACCAGGACAUUGUGCCAAGUUUGGCAGCUACACAAUGAUGGACAUGAGGAGCAACACUGUUAUUGAUUUACAGCUGGUUCAAAGUAAUGAGGUUGGUGGAAGCUACCACAUGGAGAAAGAGGGCCUGAAGAGGAGCCUUGCUCUGUUGGAGGAACGGGGUGUUACUAUAGAUAGUAUUAUGACGGACCGUCACCCCCAAAUCCAGAAGUUCCUGAGGGAGGCCGAUGUCACGCAUUACUACGAUGUAUGGCACAUGGAAAAAGGACUGUCCAAGAAACUGUCGAAGAUCUCACAGAACAAGGAGGGGGAGAAAAUAAAAAAAGGGGGCCAGAGAAAAAAAAAAAAAGGAUGA